AUGAGCAAGAAAAUAGUUAUCGAGGAGGAGGAGUAUGUGGAGGCACUCGAGCAGAUUAUCGAGCGCGAUUUCUUCCCAGACCUUCCGAAGCUUAAGAAGCAGACAGAGUUGCUACAAGAUGAAGAAGAGAGUUUGGCAUGGACAGACACAAUGCUACGCGUUGCGAGAACUAGAGACAACAUCUCUGUGCGAAGCAAUACAAGCGGCUCAGGAUGGGAUCAACCUACUGAACAGUCAGUUAAAACUGACCUGGAACGGGACGAACAGGACCAAAAUGCUGGCGGCGAUGCCAAAGCUUUGAUGACACUGAAUCACUUUGUGGCGACCCACACUUCAGAGGACAAUGAGUCGUUUAAUCAACUGCAAGAAAAAGCAGUGAAAGAUCAUCAGCGACGGUACCAUUGGGCGUUUGACGAUGACGAUGAGAAGGGCGAUCCGAAGCUGCACUUGUUGGCGGAUGGGACGUGGAUUUCGCGCGAACAGCGGCGAAUUGCAGAUGAAGCGUGUGCAUCAAAAGAACCCAAAGACGAGAGACCAAGCGCUCCAGAGAUGUGGAAGUUUCGUGCAAGAAAUCCGCUUUUGUUCUCACCUAAACUGGAAGCAACGCGAGAUAUCUGCGGGAUCGAAGCUGGUUCCAAAAGCCAGCUUUUACUUGAAAAUGGACGAGUAUCAUGCUUGGGAAAGCCUCCAGGGGCGAGGAAAAAGACAGUAUACGCAAACUCAAGAUUUUCUUCGGAAGAUGCACAAAAGGAAUACCCAUUAGUUCCGAUGACGCCGCUUAUUGCACCAGGUAUGGAUGCGAGUCCACUGAUGACCUGGGGAGACAUUGAAGGCACGCCAGCGAUUCUAGGAGACACACCAGCCCGAAUUUCGAACACACCAGGCUUUGAGUUUCAAGAUACGUCACGGCGAGAAAAACUUGCCAAUCGGCUGGAAUCAAAAGUUCGUCAUCGCGGUAUUAACUCGCGGCUGCUAAGGAUCAAAACUCCGUCAAGAAAGCGACUGAAAGCCGAUCAAACGCCAGUAUCAAGCAGUGUUCGCUCCGGCAUUCCAAGUGUGCGGUCAGUUCUACAGACGCCGCUAGGCUCAGAUGCGCAGUUAAGAGCAAGCUAUUCUACACCUUUGCGACCUCCGCGCCAUUCAUCCAAGACGCGCAAGAUAAGAUACGGUCGAUAA